ACGACAUUCAUAUUUGUUAUAAGCGAUUCUCGCCAAGUUGCAGCAGCUGGCAAGGAUUUUUUUAGAAAUGCUACCAUAUUUCAAAUAGUGCGUACUAAAGAAAAAUGGAGGAUCUUUUACAAUUAUUGAUUAAAGAUGCUCAAGCAGCCAAAUUUCAACCUAUCAGACAAGCUGCUCAAAACGCCCUAGAUGUGUUAAAGAAUAAGGAAGAUGUUGAGAGAUUACCAGCUCACAUGUUGAGAGAAAGAUGUCUUGAACCUCUCCACCUUGCCCUAGAGAGUAAAACAAAGAGAUUGAUGUCCCAUGCUGUGUCUGGCAUUGAGAAACUAUUAAAGGACAGUAGAUUCCAGUCUAGUAUUGAGACAGAGAGUGAGGAUAAAUGGUUACCUAUACAGAUACUUAAAUCUGUAUAUUCUACUCCCAACUUACCUGAAGACAUACAGACUGAUGUUAUGAAGCUUCUAUUGAAGAUGACAUUUUCCACUGCAUGGUGUAUGAAUUCCAGGAUAAUUACACAGGUUGCUCAGGUAUACAUAGACACAUAUAGCAGUAGCUCUACCAGUCUUAAGGGUAUUGUACAAGCAGCUCUCAUCCAGUUGCUUGGAGGCUUUACUGAAAAGUUAUGCUCUGCUAUGCAUAAUGUGGAGCAUGCUGAAGAUGAUGUCAUGUCACAUUUCAAUGCAAGAGGUGAUUCUAAGGUAGAAAGUUUGACAGAAGAUGUUGUUACACUACUCAAUUUCCUCACUGACAAAGUUGCUGUUGCUGCCAAAGCUGGUCAGAGUAAACAGGCAGUACCAUUGUUGUUAGAAGGUAUAUUAGCAAUAGUCUCUAACUCCCCAGCACAACUGAGAAACUGUGAGGGAUUUCAACAACUAGUAUGGCAGAAUCUGUGCCCGACUUUGAUAUCACUAUUGGGAAUACCUCGAGCUGAGAUAAAACCAAAAGCUGGUGGUGAUACCCAAAGAAAUGUAGAUUCUACAAACCUUUCUUCUGCUACAGCUAAAAUUAUUUACAGUAUAUCAGUGGCUAUAGCUAAGAUGGUAGGACCAGUAAAGUCACUACGACCAGUACUGGAGUCAUUGUUUCAUAGAAUAUUGAUCUGUUCUUCUCCCAACAACAGACAUGAUGCCCUUAAAGCAUUGAAGGAGUUACUGUCCAGUCCAUCUAAACUGUGUGAUAUAACAGUGACCUAUUAUGAUGACAGGUCAAGGUCAGGGAAAUCUGUCACACAAACUAAUGAUCUGGCUCUAAUUAAACUUAUUGUAGAUUCGAUAAAAGAGUGUUGUCAUACCAGUGACUCCGCCCUCUGCUUUACAUGUGUCAUGUGUGUUGGUGACCUUUUGACCUCUAUAGAACAGCUAGACCGAGGUAUAGGUGUACAUGAAGACAGUGUCAAGGUCAUCAAAGAUCGAUUCCAGAACAGACAUGAUAAAGAGAGGAUUAAGCUGGAUAGGUCUAAUUCUGUAACAUCACAUUCUGAUACGGAAGAGAAAGGCCAAAAUAUUAAUAAUAGCAAUAUAUACAACAGUAUUAAUGGUCACCCUGAUGCUGGUAAAUGUGAUAAGAAAGACAGAGAUAUAUUGGAGGUUAAACUUGUGUUUAAACACCUCAUGAUAAAGAUCAUCCAGUAA